ACGAUUAAAAGCGCUCAGCGCUCAGUCCACACGCGCACCGACUGACAGCACGAGCAGGAGUCAAUGUGUUCCUCUGGACUGCUUUAUAACUCUUGGAUAUUUUUUGUGAACAAUUGGGAAACAAUACAAGGUGGACUAACUCAGCAAACGAAAAAUAAACAUGCUGUGCGUUCGCAGUUCAGGUGAAUGUUUCCGGGACCAGAUGCGCUGCAUGAUGAGGUCUCUGCAGGAUCUGAAGCAGAUAAGAGAACCCGACGAUCAAACGAAGUGCUCAUACGUGACUCGAGCCUGUCAAAAAAGGGCACAACAGCGGGAGCAGCUCAGCCGCCUGCGGAGUUCUGACAUCAGUGACGCCAGCACCUACGAUUCGGCCUGCUGCUUGGACAGUCCGCUGGAGGAAGAGGAGGAUGAGGAGGCCAGUGCUGGCCGUCUACCUCGAGGCUCCCCGAGCAGCAUGAAAAGUCUAGACUUUGAUUCAGGAUACUCUGAAGCAUCGUGGCAGGACGAAGGUGUGGUGUUGAGACGUACGAGGAAUGUACGCGUUUCAUCGUCCGCGUGCAUCCGCACGAACCAAAUUCGACCUAAAUCCACAUCAGAUGCAUGCCUGGAGCGCUGGAUGCCGUUUGAGGCCAGCGACCCAACGGACUGGACCACGUCUUUGUUAACCCGAGGGCGUAACAGGCAACCAUUGGUUCUUGGGGACAACAGCUUUGCAGAUCUUAUUAAGAACUGGAUGGAUCUUCCAGAAUGCCCAGAUUCUGCAGAACUCAAGCCGAACGCUAGCCGCAAAAUAGCCAAGGACUUUCUGGUCAACAUGCGGCGGAAAUUAGCGGGCAUGUCAAAGGGAGUCGAGGAGAGAAAGGCUUGCACUAAACGCAUGUCUUGUCCGGUGGGAUUUCAAGCCCCCAAACCGUUCUUUCACCAGUCCCACACAAGUUUGCACCAUUUGGAACCAGACUUUUACCAGUUCAGCACUGUCAUGAAGACUGGGAGUCGACAGCCUAUCAUAUGCAAUGACAUCAUUGGAUACAUCUGAUGUGUUUAUUUAAAUGGACUGGACUUUAUUUCUGAAAAAAUCUAAUAUUGUUCUACAUAAUUAAUAAAUGUUUUUAUAUAAAAUAAACUCUUCUGCGUAUUUCUAAAAGCCAAAGUGUCAUGUUAUAAAUCAAUUGAUGACAGUGAGGAUUUAACAAUAUGAAAGUGCCAUUAAAGCAUUUUUUAAAAGUUAUAUACCAUAUAGUUAAAAAAAAAAAAAAAAUCUAGUUUAAAGCAAGUCUCAAAAUCUGCUUUUAUAAAUCGGUUGCAAGUGCAACUUGAAAUACAAGAAAUCAAUUUUCAACACAUUUAUUAAAGAAUCAGAAUAAGUCUUCCAGUUUAUAAUCCCCCAAUUAUUUUCAGCGCUUACCAACAUUGAAUUUGUUUAGCUCUCAUAAGUUUGAUGUUCUCCUACAUUCAAUUGAAAUCAAAUGACUUGAA